AUGACGGACUCUUCCACCUCCAAAGUCGAUAUCCCGCUCCAGAGGACGUUUCUUUUUUUGCUGAGUUUAGUAGACACACACACACACACUAGCAUAUGUCUCUUGUCUCUAUUAAUCAGAGGUCAGACACACAAAGUCUGUGUGCUGCUGUGUAACUCUCCGCCAUACCUGCUCCCUGCCGUGGAGAGUGUCAGCUAUACGGGCUGCACUGCAGACAAUCUGGUCAAGAUCAUCAGAGACAGAGGGAUUCAUUUUUCUGUGGUGUCGCCACGGAAACUGCCAGCGUUACGGKCGCUGUUCGAYAGGGCGUCACCAGUCGGGGGACCAGUCGAMCCCCACCCAGACUACAGCCAAGACCCCUUCCACAUGAUCCUGGUUAGGGGUAUCUCACUUCCUGGUGAGGAGCAGCACUCRAAAUACUUGACAGUGAACARAUUGAUUGAAGUCAGUAUUGGCCCAUCAAAUUCUAAAAUGUUUCUUUCUCCAGURUCAUCAGGGGGAGGAUCGGGCCCUCUCAAACCAAUUCUACCCMCUCAACCCCUGCCUGUCAGUCAGCCUCCUCUUGGUCCCRCCUCRCAGGCUCCUCCACCAAUAAGCACGGCCCAUCCAUAUCAGCCCCCAYCUUCCCUUAACGCGGCUCAGGCAGCUGCACAGAUGGCUGUAGAGGCAGCCAACAACCAGAAGAGUCGCUUCCCAGGCAUGGUCAAUCCUGGUCCCCCAUUCAGUGGUCAGUCAACUCUCCCAUCUGUAGCAGGAGUUAAGUUGGCGCCCUCCAGUCAGCCCAGCCUAUCCACAGUCACCACAGUUUCCACACCCAUGUUGCCUCAGCAACAAGCCCCUCCCCCGCAGCAGCAACAAGUCCAGCCGCCAGGACAACCACAGCCCAAUCAGCAGCAGCCGGUGCCCCCUCAGCAGCAGCAGCCCACAGCCAAUCAGCAGACSCCCCCAUCCUCACAGCCUGGCAUGCCUGGUGUGUCUGCAGCCCAGGCAAAUCCGAUUGGGGGGCAGCAGCAAGGCGUUGCCAAUAAGAUUGUAGCAUGGAGUGGGGUGCUGGAGUGGCAAGAGAAGCCCAAAGCCUCGUCUAUGGAUUCCAAUACCAAACUCACUCGCUCCYUGCCCUGCCAGGUGCAAGUCAACCAAGGAGAGAACCUAAAUGCCGACCAGUGGCCACAGAAGCUCAUCAUGCAAUUGAUCCCACAACAGCUACUGACAACACUCGGUCCCCUCUUCAGAAACUCUAGAAUGGUUCAGUUUCUCUUCACCAACAAAGAUGUGGAGUCACUAAAAGGUCUUUAUCGUAUCAUGGCCACUGGAUUUGCAGGGUGCGUCCACUUCCCCCACAGCGCCCCCUGUGAGGUGCGGGUGCUCAUGCUGCUCUACUCCUCCAAGAAGAGGAUUUUCAUGGGCCUCAUCCCCAACGACCAGAGCGGCUUCGUCAACGGCAUCCGACAGGUCAUCACCAACCACAAACAGGUCCAGCAGCACCGCUCGUUAGGUUCAGGAGGGCCGAUGCCAGGGCCACCUGGCCAGGUUCAACCCAAUCAGAACUUCCUCAACCGGCCGCAGGGGCCCAUCCCUGUCUCCCAUGGCAACGUGCAGCAGCAGUCUGUGGUGGUGGGCAUGCCCUCUGUUAGUCAGGUCACUCUGAUGGAGGAACAGCAGAGACAGGCCAACCUGAUGACGAUGAGAGCAUCCGGCGCACCUAAUCAGCCUGUCACCGGUGCUCCGCCCAACCAGGUCACUCAGGGUGGACAGGCCCCACCCCAGGGUGCCAUGCUCCGCCUACCAAACCCAGGAGCCAAUCCGCAGCUGCGCAGUCUCCUCCUCAGCCAACAGCAGCCACAGGGUGGUGUUGGUCACAUGCAGGGCAUGAUGCCUCACCAGGGGCUGGGAGGGCAGCUGGUCCACCCUACUCCAGGAGCGGGCCCCCAAAUGCAGGCCCAGUGGAGACAGCCCCUGGCAGGUCAGAUGAUGAUGGCUGCUGGUCAGAGGGGCCCUGGAGCCCAGCCCCCCGGGAUGCCCCAGGUGUCUUCCGUCAUGGAGGAUGAGAUUCUCAUGGACCUUAUUUGAGUUUGGACCCAAAAAGACUACAUCCCCCAGCAACCAGCAUUUUCAGUUUCAUCAUGGGGGCAGACUGGGAGAUGUAGUUUUCUUAGUUUCUACUCUGGCUUUUCUUUUCUUUUUUUCCCCUUAUUUUAUAUAAAAAGUUGUCCCAACCCAAUGGGAGGACAGUGUUCAUUACACUGUUGUGUGCUUGUAUGGAAACCUGUUUUACAUUCAUUUAAUUGUUUAUAUGAAAUGUCUUUUUUAUUGAGGUUUAAAUUUUCCUGAAGUUGUGUUUUUGAGCUAUAUUACGUUGUUUUAUUGAGAUGAAAUAGAUACAUUUUGUCAAGGAGCCAA